AUGAAUCAGAUGGGACCUACAAAGGCGAUAAAAUUGUACGAAUUUUCUCGCGACCCUGUUCAUAGGUCGCCAAUACGACUUGUGACUUGUCGUACAGUCCGCGAAACAGGUAAAGUGAAAAUACAGCGUGAUAGUUUCACUGGCCUCAAAACUAUCAACCAGUACGAAAUAAUGGGAGAGCUAGGUCGAGGGCGCCACAGCAAAGUGAAGCUAGCUCGCAACACCGAAACAGGUGAGAAAGUCGCUAUCAAGAUCGUCCCCCGCCGUUCUGAGAAACACCAGGUUGUACACCCCACCGAGGGGGUACUUAAAGAAGGCAAAAUUCUUAGACAAAUCCACCACGACAAUGUAAUCACCCUACACGAGAUCAUUGACGAUGCCGAGCACGCGAAAGAAUAUCUGAUUCUCGAAUAUGCUGAAAUUGGAGCUAUCCCCUGGCGUAAGAAGGGACUGCCUCACGUUUGCCACCACGAGCGGAUGAGGAUCGAAGACGAGAUGCGAAAUGAAGCAGCAGGUUGCAGGAAAGCCCCAGAAGAUAUGGAGUGUAUAUCCAGUCCCGGGCGUAAGCAAAGCUUUGUCUGCCCACCUUCGAGUCUGCCUGAUCAUAUGAAUUUCCCCAGAUAUGAGCCAUAUGACGGUACUCUGGCGCAUGAUGUCCUUACGGAGCAUUAUUCGUAUGUUCCGUGCAUUACUUUUGACCAAACAAGGCGGAUUCUCAAGGAUACAGUGCUAGGUCUAGAGGCUCUUCACGAGCGCGGCGUAGUGCAUAGAGACAUCAAACCUGAAAAUCUCCUCUUGAGCAAGGAGUAUCAUGUCAAAAUAGCUGAUUUUGAUGUCUCAUUCGUCAGCCGGCCACUUCGCGAAGCCAAGGCAAAAGUCGGCCUGGAUACUUUCGAUGAUACCCUUGAGAUGCUUAAGACGGUUGGGACACCUGGCUUCAUGGCUCCCGAGCUCUGCUGCAUAGGGCAAGAGAUGGUAUAUCCCGAACUAUUCGAACAAGUUGACGUCUGGUCUCUUGGUGUUACACUUUACUGCCUCAUUUUUGGGCGACUGCCAUUCCUCGCCGAAGGCGAAUUUCAGAUGUUUCACAAAAUGUCUGUUGAAGAUGUACACAUCCCCCGACGACGGCUACGACCAGUUCCCCCUUCCAAAAGUCGCUCUGUUUCAACGACGUACAAGUACCGCAAUGACGAUGUCAUCGAAUUUGAGGAUGUCGAUGACAUGUUAAUUGACUUGUUACGGCAUAUGCUUUUCCGUAGCCCGGCACAACGAAUUCGUCUGCAAAGUAUAAAGCAUCACCCCUGGCUGCUAGGCAUGAGUAAUACCUCAGGCUCCAUAAUGGCCAACGGAUCGGUGCUACAGCAAAGUGGCGGACUGAAAGAAAACAGUAUGGAGGGUGAAGCUAGCAUCGGCUUCCCCGCCUUCUGGUAA